GCGCCACAGUAAAAUAACAGUGUAGAAGAAUACGCACGUUGAAGCUACAGCAAGCAAGAACAAACCCCCAUUUCCCCAACAGUUAGGGUUUCUGCCCAUCUCUUCCCCAGUUUUAGAUUCAAAUUCACCCAAUUUUCUUAUCCCACCCUACAAAAUCAGCUAUCACCUCGCACCUUCUUUGCUCUGUAAGAUUCCCCGCCCCGGCACACCAGCUGUGCCUGUAUCGCAGGAGCUGAGCUGAACUGAAAUUAGCAGUGAUGGCGAAGACCAAACCUGGGAAGAAGGAUCUUGAUUCCUACUCCAUCAAAGGCACCAACAAGAUCGUCAGACCUGGGGAUUGUGUACUAAUGAGACCGGCAGACACGGAUAAACCACCAUACGUGGCAAGAGUUGAGAAGAUAGAGGCUGACCACCGUAACAAUGUGAAGGUGCGGGUACGGUGGUACUACCGCCCUGAGGAAUCUGUGGGUGGCCGGAGACAGUUUCAUGGGGCAAAGGAACUAUUUCUGUCAGAUCACUACGAUAUGCAGAGUGCACACACCAUUGAAGGGAAAUGCAUCGUGCAUUCUUUCAAGAACUACACUAAGCUAGAGAAUGUGGGCCAAGAGGAUUACUUCUCUAGGUUUGAGUACAAAGCAGCUACCGGAGCAUUCACUCCCGAUCGUGUUGCUGUGUAUUGCAAGUGUGAGAUGCCCUAUAACCCUGAUGACCUCAUGGUACAAUGUGAAGCAUGCAAGGAUUGGUUUCACCCCUCGUGUAUGGGUAUGAGCAUCGAUGAGACCAAAAAAUUAGAGCAUUUCUUGUGUUCGGACUGUUCAGCUAAUGACGAGGCUAAGCGGCCCUUGAACUCAUUUCAUGUACGUCCAACUGCUGAGUCGAAGGUGGAGACUAAACGGAGAAAGAGAUGAGUAAAGUAGAGGGGUGUGAUACAGAAUGCAGAAUUGUGAAAGAUCAGAUUUGUUGCAUAUAAAGCUGGAAGGAGUGCCCUAUUGAUGUGUUUGUUGAACUGAACACCUGUACAGUGGUGAGGAGAAGUAGAAGAAGAAGAUUGUGGGGGGGUGGGCUUUUCCAGCAAAGCCAGAGGUUUUUUUUUUUUUUACUUUAGUUACUGUGGGCUAACUUGGUUAUUUUAUGGAGUAAAACAAAUAUUGCUUGUGUGCCCUAUACUGGGAUUUACCAGUACUGUCACUGUUUGUGCUCUCCAUCUGAGUUGAACCCCAAUGCACUGAGAACAAGUAAUAACAAUGAGGAUUAAACAGGAAACAUGUUG